GCACGUGUAUAACACCGUAUACAUGUUGGCGAAAGGGCGUUUCCCUAGAACACAAACACGUUCCUCAAACACCUCGAACUUAGAUCCUCAUUGUACCCUUCCAUGUUUUUAGUUUGUGAUUACAAUAAUAAAUAAUUCUCUAAUUUCGCCGUUUUCUUAGAAAUUAUCGUCAUUUUCAUUUUACUCUUAACAACGCAACUUUUUUCCCUAUUCCCUUCCCUAGAUGUUGUUUUUUCAUCCCUAUAAUAUUUCAUCUUCUAAAUUCUUCUAUUUUUAUGAUUCUUCUACAACCCUUUUGACCAAAAAGAAGAUCUUUCUUCUACCCAUUUGAACAUUCAUUCUUAAUUUCGUUUCAAAAAUAUAUUUUGUUGUUAUUUUUGCCUUUUUCUUGAUUCUUGAUUGAGUCACCGAGGUUGAAAAAUGAAUAAGAAUGAAAAUGAAGAAGCUGUGUUUGAAAUUGGGGUGGUGAUUCCAAGAAGGGUCAUUCAAGAAAUAGAUGAAUCCUCUGACUGUGCCUGUGUUCUUAUAAAGGAAUUCAAGAAGGUUGGGUUUGUAGUUGAGAGAGUAGUUGGCAUUGCAGAUGAGUUCAUUAAGUUGGCUGCACCUUUGGAGACAUUAGGGAGAGCUGCAGCUGAACUACAAAUCAAGAAAAGGACUCAUAUAGGUAUGGAUUUACAUUUUGAGGUGGAGGAGGUUGAAGCUUUUGUGAAACAACCUGAUGGUUCUGUUUUCAGUUGGUGCGAGCGGUUUCAUUGCUAUUGUCACUUGAUAUAUGGAAUUGUAAACAACAGCAAAUCAGCUAUAACCCUUAAAUUUGAUGGAAAAGAAAUCUAUUGGGAAACUGGGGAGAAUCUCAUUCAGAAAUUGGAAUCUGAGAACAUUGUCAAGCAAGUCUUUCCUUUGCAUGAUGAAAAGACGAGAAAGAAACUUCUCAGGACUUGGGCUCUUCAUUGGUGGGACUUCACAAGUCAGCCGAUCGAUGAGAUUUAUUCAUAUUAUGGGGCAAAGAUUGCAAUCUAUUUUGCUUUUCUUGGAAUGUACACACGGUGGCUGCUCUUCCUCGCUGCAUUUGGUCUUACAUUGCAAUUGAUUGAUUUUAGGUCAAUGAAGUUAGUAGUGCUUCCUGUUUUCUUCGUCGUGGUGAUAGUCUGGGCCGUAAUGUUUUGUCAAUUCUGGAAACGUAAAAAUUCAGCACUUUUAGCCAGAUGGCCUAUUAGCUCUGCAGUCACAGCUGAUCCAGGAUACAAGAUUCCAGGCACAAAGGGCAGUUCCCUACAGCCUCCGUUGGAACUCCUUAAAUUAUUUGAGACUGAUAGAGCAAAAGGAAAGGAAGUAUUCCAGAGAUAUGAGUGGUUAGGGCGUUUUAUGCGAUUCAGAAAUGAUGCCAUCAUCAUCUUCAGCAUAAUCUGUCUCCAAUUACCAUUUGAAUUGGCAUACGCACAUCUUUAUGAAGUCAUUGGUUCCGACGUAAUUAAGUUUGGGCUCACUGCUGUUUAUCUUUUCGCCAUUCAGUAUAUUACUAAGAUUGGAGGCCAGGUAUCUGUCAAACUUAUCAAAUAUGAAAACAAUGAAAACACAGAAAAACGGGCUGAUAGCUUGGUCUACAAGGUAUUCGGUCUGUAUUUUAUGCAGACAUACAUUGGGAUUUUUUAUCAUGCCUUGUUGCACCGUAACUUUGCAACUCUUCGUAAAGUGCUGAUUCAACGACUCCUUCUGUCUGAGGUGUUGGAAAACAUGGUGGAAAAUUCAUUGCCUUAUCUCAAAUACAGCUACAAAAAGUACAGUGUUCGACACAAGAAAAAGAAAGAGAAAGGAGAAUCAACAGAUAAAAUUCAGUUUAGUUCUAGAGUAGAGAAAGAAUACCUCAAGCCUUCUUACUCUGCCAGCAUUGGCGACGAGCUUGAAGAUGGGUUAUUUGACGAUUUCUUAGAGUUGGCAUUGCAGUUUGGAAUGAUUUUGAUGUUUGCUUGCGCAUUCCCACCUGCAUUUGCUUUUGCCGCUGUGAACAACAUUAUGGAAAUCAGGACCGAUGCACUGAAGCUGCUAGCAAUUUUGAGACGGCCUGUUCCUCGAGCCGCAGCAACAGUAGGAGCCUGGCUUAACAUUUUUCAGUUUCUCAUAUUGAUGUCAAUUUGCACCAACUGUGCUCUUUUGGCAUGGCUAUAUGACGAGGAAGGAAAAUGGAAAGUAGAACCUGGACUUGCAGCUAUCUUAAUCAUGGAACAUGUCCUUUUGGUGAUUAAGUUUGGUUUCUCUCGCUUGGUUCCUGAGGAACCUGCUUGGGUAAGGGCGCACCGUGCGAAACACACUACACAGGCACAAGAUUUGUGUUCUAAGAAGCUUCUAAGGACAAUUUCUGGAGGAGAAAGGAAUUUUGGAGAAAUGAAGAAGAAAUUGUAGUUUUAGUCUUUUUUUUGUUUUGUCACUCCAGCUUGAGAGAAAGAAAGCUUAAGCUGGAUUGUUAUUUUUGUUUUGUCACUCCAGCUUGAGAGAAAGAAAGCUUAAGCUGGAUUGUUAUUUUUGUUAUCUAUAUUUUCCUAUGGCUGAUAUGUAUAUUCAAAAAGGUAUUUUGUAGUAAUUGUGAAUAUAGAAGUUACUAAAGCUUUUCAAAGUGUCAGUGAAACAAGGCUUGUGUCUAUUUUUAGGAGUAUUUUUGCACUUGGAGAUUUUUCUUGUGGUUCAUUUUUGUAAAUUAUAAUUUUUUUUGUUUAUAUAUUUUGAAAAGAGAGAUCUAUAUGCUUUGGUUAAA